AUGUUUACGCCUCCUGAUCGCAAUGCUCCACCGCAGGGUCACGGUCGUCCGUAUGUGCAGCUGUUCUCCGACCCCCCAAAGGACCCGAAGUACUCCGACUGGCAACCGCCGGGUAGACAUCCACCUCCCGAGCAGUUUCAUCGCCCAAACCACCGCCUGGAAUUACCUACCUUUGACGGCUCUGAAGCGGAAGAUUGGAUGGCCCGCCACUACAAGAAAAUAGUCCAUUUGUGA